CUUCCCUCGCCGCCACCAUGGUGCGAAUGAAUGUUCUGGCGGAUGCUCUCAAGAGCAUCAACAACGCUGAGAAGAGAGGCAAACGCCAGGUCCUCAUCAGGCCAUGUUCUAAAGUCAUCGUUCGGUUCUUAACCGUGAUGAUGAAGCACGGAUACAUUGGUGAAUUUGAGAUCAUUGAUGAUCACAGAGCUGGGAAGAUUGUUGUGAACCUCACAGGAAGGUUGAACAAGUGUGGCGUUAUAAGCCCUAGAUUUGAUGUUCAACUCAAAGACCUAGAGAAAUGGCAGAACAACCUGCUCCCUUCACGUCAGUUUGGCUUCAUUGUGCUGACAACCUCGGCUGGCAUUAUGGACCAUGAAGAGGCAAGACGAAAACAUACAGGAGGGAAAAUCCUGGGAUUCUUUUUUUAAACGUAAAGCAUAAAUAAAAAGCCUUUGUGGACUGUGCUCAGGGUCAGUCCUUUUGAAUCUCUGCAGCAGAGUAGCUGGCUGUGCUGACUGGUGACACUUCUGGUGAUGCUCAGCUGUGAGGUUUUAUGUAGAUAUUGAAAGCAUGACCAUUGUCUUCACUUCACCUCCAGCUUGGGUUGUAUGCCAGUAACAUCAGCAUAAGGUGGUUAAUGACAGGAUGGUCCCUUGAGUGUGCAGUGAGUCUGGUUUAUUUGCCAAUGAGAAGCACAGGCCUCCUGUAUGGGUCUUUGCCUACAGCCCCCUUUCAUCACCCAGACUUGGUAGACUUACAUUCUGUCACACUGUUGGCUCUUAAUCUCAGCCCUGAAAAAUGCCAUUUCUUGGGUAUCAAGGCUAGUCUAGAUUCAGAAACCAUAUAAAGGUUGACAGCUGGUUUAAAAAAAAAAAGGCUUGGAGCUUGAGUUGGGUUCGCAGGUUAUUCCAGGGUAUCUGUCUGCACUUUGUCUCCCAGAUUUAAAGGUAAGUGCCACCAUGCCUAGCAUGGUGACUUAUUAGCUUUGUUGCUGUGGAACAUACAUCAAAUGAAACAUUGGUAUGGCUCUGGUUUCACUGUCCAUGGUUAGUAUCUGGUGGGUGGACACCUGGUGGAACCAAGCUGCUCAUCCCAGAACUAAGGAGCCAUUCCCCAGAGACUUGUCUUCCUACUAAGUUCCAUCCCUACAGCUUCUAGUAGUAGCUUCAGAGGUUGUGAAUUGUGGACUUAGUCUGCCAUAACAUUUAAAAUAGGUAUUAAAUUCAAGUCAUUUGGUCACUCAGCACCCACGUGGCUCUUCAGAACAACAGAAGCCCCUCGGACUUGUCUGUUGGAAAAACCAGUUUGAAAUAAUGUACCUGCUUUAGUUGAGAAAACGCUACAACUGGUGCUGUGUCCUGCCAUGCUGAUGAGCUCUGCUCUGCGACCUGCCGAACUUGGGGGAUCUCUACCCCCAGACUUUGCUCAGAUCUGUUGAUGAUUUGUCCAUGCAGGAAAGUUUACAAGGUCUCUGUGUGUCUACUACUUACUAGUUGCUGUGACAAAAAUACUGAAAGUGUUUACUGUGUGUGAGGCACAAAGUUUGUGGGAAGCUGUACCCUCCCUCAUUUUGGUGCUGCUCCUGCCUUGACUGACAGGAUGAGCUGCCCCAACCAUCGUUGCCAUCUUCCAUAAGAAGCAGGUGGCUCUAUUGAGUUCCCUGGAGGUGAUCCCAAGGGAAGGAGGAGCCUGGGAAAGUGGAUCUCAAGUCCCCUAGUCUGGCAGUUGGCUGUUUAGGAAAGUCCAGUGUCAGUGUUUGAUAUGUUGUAAGGAAACAAAUUCAGUUUUAUUUAGCUUAUUGGCUCUGGGGAAAUGGCAGUUCCCAUUAAUUGGUGCUGUCUUUCUCUUUGAGGAUCAAAAUUAGCUUCCUGUUCAGUUGUUAAGCAUAUUUCAUAGUCAAAUAAUCCUCUUAUCUUUACAAGUGAGGUUUUCCUUCGAGUGGAUAUCAGAGUCCCUCCCACGGCUUCUAUCCCUCCUAUCCUUGUGUAGGAAGUUAAGCUUGCUCAUUUGUAGAUUAGUGGUCGGUUACACUGCAAUUUAGAGUAUCAUGUGUACUCUACACAUGAUUGAUUCUAAGCCCCCUUCCCUUUCCAUGUCCUUCAAAAAUUUUUUUAUUCUGAGACAGUGUUAGGAUUUUUCCUGGGCUAGCCAAAUGCAAGAAGUGUUGGUCCCAGACUUGUAAUCUUUCUGCCUUAGCCUCCCAAAUUCUAGGAUUAUAGAUUUAUGUCAUGUGAUGAGUGGUCUUUUAAAGAUUAUCUUUUAUUUUUUUUGAGAUGGGGUUUUUCUGUGUAGUUUUGGCUUUCUUGGGACUUGCUCUGUAGACCCAGGAUGGUCUUUACUCAGAUCUGCUUGCCUCUGCCUCCCAACUGCUAGGAUUAAAGCAUGAGCCUGAGCCUUCAUGCCUGGCUGACAGGUGAAUUCUCAAUACCUACCUAGCCAUAGGGAAAGUGAUUGUGUCCCCUUCCUCAUAGAGGGGCAUAGUCACCCAGGCCAUACCUUUAGCUUGGGCUUUUGGUCAGUGAAGAAGUAUGAAGGGACAAGAACACUAUCAAGAGCCUAAUGUGCUCUGGCCUGGAUGGUCAGCACAAAAUGAAUAGACUUACCAAAUUCUGCUGUCUCCUUGGUAGAUGUGAAGUUGUUGGAAGAGUCCUAAAUUUAGCAGACUAUACUGUCAGCCUAUCAGACUAUAGGCUGCCGGAGGGCAAGUCUGCUACCUAUUUCCAUCUCAUGCCUGCAUUGUUCAUCCCCCUAUGUAACCCACCUACCUGUCACUCAUUCCUCCAUCCAAAAACUAUUGUAGGUUCAGUGGAAAUUUCAAGCUUGCCUGUCUCAGCAUCUUUCUUACCUUACCCCUAAGGAUGGCAUCUCUCUUGGCUACAUCUUUGGUUUAUCUGGAGAUCCUUGAUUAAUUUGAACAAGAGCUACCUUGGGUUAUGCAGUUUAUGCCUCCAGUGUCCCAGAGACCGGCAUUUGAGAGAUCCCUGAUAGCAAACCCAUAGGGUGGCCUUUUUUUCAUCCACCCCAUUCUCCCUCCCACCUCCCUCUUUUGACCUUGAGUCCUCACCAGAGAGAAACCAGGCCCACUUAAUUAGUUCUACAUGUGUACACUACAUGGGUGCAGUGCCCAAGCAGGAGAGGUGUUAGAUUCCCUUUUAACUAUAGUUAAUAGACAGUUUUUAAGCCCCAGUGGAUGCUGGGAAGCAAACCUACAUCCUCUAGAAGAGCAGCUAUUUCUCUGAGCCAUUUCUCCAGCACCAUUUUCCCCUCUUUUAAAAGCAGGUCUUGCAGUGUGGCCUAGUCUGGCCCCCUGAGGUGUUUGCAUUGCAUGGCAGGCAUGUCCACAGGAACACCAUAGUUCUCACCACUCGUACAGCACAGCAAGUGGGGUGCCGCAGGGGAUUAUCACUUGAGUAUAAAAUAAGGGUUGCUUUAGAUUGAAUAGGAUAACCACGCGUUCUCAGAACAAUCAAGGAAGGCUGGGGUGAGCCAGCACCGACCUUAAUUGUUUACUUAGUAAACUACUAAAUGUAUGCACGUGUAAGCUUUUGCCUUGAUUGAGGUCAAGCUGUCGAGAAAUGGUUCUCUUUACAGUGGAUCCAGUCAGGAUUGGCAGCAAGCACCUUUGCCUGCUGAGCCUACAUGUUGUAUAGAAUGGCAACGUUGUGUAGAAUGGCAGUACAUUAAAUGGGUUUUUCAUUUACGAAGUGUGCUGGCUGGUUUUGUGUCAACUUGACACAAGCUGGAGUUCAGUUGAGGAAAUGCCUCCAUGAGAUUCAGCAGUUUUCUCAGUGAUGGGGGGAUGGGGGCUAGCCCCUUGUGGGUGGUGCCAUCUCUGGGCUGGUAAUUCUGGGUUCUGUAAGCAAGCUGAACAAGCCAGGGGAAGCAAGCCAGUAACAUUCCUCCAUGGCCUCUGCAUCAGCUCCUGCUUCCUGACCUGCUUGAGUUCCAGCCCUGACUUCCUUGGGGAUGAACAGCAGUGUGGAAGUGUUAACUGAAUAAACCCUUUCCUCCCCAACUUGCUUCGUGGUCAUGUUUUGUGUAGGAAUAGAAACUCUGACUUAAGACAUAAUGGUUUUGAGAUUAUGGUUUUAUUUAUGACUAUGGUGAGCCCUACUGAAGAAGCCUCAGCAUUCAGAUCUAUCGUAUCCUGCCAGUUGCUUGAAGCAUGAAUUUGAGUGUCCCUUCUAAAUAGGUUUUCAUUUCUGUGAAAUGGGUACAAAGAGGCUAUGUUCUAGUACUGUGGUCAGGCUUGGGAUAAACUGUAAAAUGAAAGUGGUGCUUGGCAUAACACUAUUUUACUUGUUUUUAAUCCUGAGAGGGAGUCUGAAUGCUUCUGGGAAGAAGAUGUGGAGUCCGGACUGACCUGUCCUGACUAUAGUAUGUCUGCAGUCCUAAUAACAGCCCCUGGGGGGUUCUUCACUCUUCUCAGCUUUUGUACUCAGAGUGAUGGGGGCUAGUGAGGCUGCCAUGUGGGAAAUCUAAUAACCAGGGGUAUUGGGAAAAUUGAGAUCCUUUUCUGUAGAUGAUGAAUGAGGGCAAAGAGAAGCAGUAAGUAUUUGGGGCCUGAAGCAGAGAGAUGAGGGGAAGGGAAGUUAUAAUGGAAGUCUUGAGUCAGCUGACAGGAAUCAUGAGUCAGCAGAAACCUGAGUGACCAGGAGUUGUGAGUCAGCAGAAAGUAUAGAUAGCAAAGAUGAUGAGUCACCAUCAUUCUUGGUGAAUCAGGGCUGAACUGUUGUUACUGAAAUUCCUUUUUGGGUUCUUGGUCUUAUCAAUGAGAUAAUUUAGGGGCUGGGACAAUGGCUAGGUUGUUAAGAGCACUUGCUGCUCCUGAGUGGAUUCAGGUUCGGUCCCCAGCACCUCCGUCGGGCUGCUCACACUAGCCUAUGACUUGGGCUCCGGGGAGUCUGACACCCUCCUCUGGCCUUCAAGUGUGCUUGUACACGCCUGGGGGUGGGGUGGGGGGAGAUGGAGUAAUGAAAUGAAAUUUCUGAUUUUUUAAGUCUUUGAAAGUAAAAUACAAUUAUGUUGGCCUCUCUCCCUGUCCUUUUCAUUCAACCUCUCCUAUGUGCUCUCCUCUUACUCAAUUUCUCGAAUUUAUGGCCUCUCUUUGUGCGAACAUGUGUGUGUGAAUAAAAUAAAGCAUUUUUUUUAAAA